AUGUGUGGGGGGGGGCAGAUGGCGCUUUGGUGUUUCGGGGGUUAUGGUUGGCUAUCCCCGGGAGCUCCCGUCCUGGACCAGAGGGACAUGGGGAGAAGUUGGGAAGCAGAUGCACCCUGGCGCAGCAGCAGCACACAAAAGCAAAGCACUCCCUUAGAAUUUCCAUGUUGGGAGAAGGGAUUUCCAGCUGCUGCUGCUGCUGCGAAGCCCACAAAACAGCCCAGAUCCAAUGUAAGCAUACAGAAAAAACCCAAAUCAACUUCUACAACCAAGCCAGUUCCUGACAAGGGCGAUAAGAAUCAAGGUGAAGGAGAUGAGUCCAAGGAUGACGAGGGUGCUGAAGCCGGUGAUAACAUCCACGCCCACCAUGCGUUUUGGCGGGAUGCCCGGAUGCGGAAGAUGCAGCCCAUGAUCGAGGAGGGCAUGCGCAUGAACGCAUACGAGGGCCUGCAGGGGUACGGGGGCUUCAUGGGAGGGCCGGACAGGGCCUGGAGCUUCCUGUACGACAGUCCAUCGGCACGGCUGACUGCGGCGGCGUUCGCUCCGCUGUGGUCGGCGGGUGUGGGGCUGGUGCGACCCAUGGUGUUGGGGCCCACGGAGGAUAUGAUCCGGGACCAAGUAGACAACAGCUUCAAUGCCACGGAGUUCGUGGACUCGGUGUCCCAGGCGGCCCGUGUGUUCUUCGAGGCAGUGGCCGCCGAAGACUCGGAGGCACUAUCUAAGAUGUGCACCCCAAGAGCCACUGAGGCUCUGGAUCGAGACCGUCGUCGGCUGCGGGAGGAGCUGGGGCUGCUGAUCACACGGAUAGACACGCAGGUCGGCAAGGCUUCACUGGCGGGGGCCAACCUGUGGGGCCCUGACUCUAUUCGCGGCUUCGACCCAGCUUGGGCAAGUGACCUCUCACCCAACCUGUCCAAAUCGUGGCUGGUAGUGGGUGUGUACCUGGACGUGACAUUGUGGGUGUCAUACAAGCGGGUAGGCAACAGCGGCGAGCGCGACAGUGGCGGCGUAGGUGGAAGCGGAGCUGUCUGGGGUCAGGAGGCGAGGCAGGAGUUCCAGCUGCCUGUGCGGCGCUGGGGCACUUGGUUUAUGGCGCGAGGGCCACUACCCAAGGGCCCUGCAGAGAGCCUGGACUGUCCAUGGAAGCUGCUCGCCUGGUGCUGA